CUGUGCAGUUGUGUGAAGAAACGCAUGUGAGCUUUGAUUUACAUGUUGCGUUGUUGUUGUUUUUGUGCCAUUUCUUAGCCUUUUGAGAGUAUACCUUUUGUUCUGGUGCGCUAAUUCAAGUGACAGCAUGUCGAUCAAGAUGCAUGGAGCCCGCCCCCUUCAUCCUUCGCCCCAUUCCGCCACCCUCCCUGCUCCCCGGCCGUAGCAAGCAGCAGUGAAGACGAGGUAGUUUUGAAGCCGUGGCAUUAAUGAUCUCAUCUCAGCCCGAUCUCCGCAUCCUACAGAGGAUCUUAUGACCAACACCGGAAUAAAGUAAAAUACACGAAGGAGCCUUGCUUCAGACUGGCCUAAAAUGGGCAGAAAGGGUGCAGAACAAAAGCUGCUUGUUGCUUGUACAAAAGUACUGAAGCGCUGCAGCCGGGACCAAGCUGCUAUGCUAAUGCCUGUGCCUCUCAACAGGAAAGAGAGCCAAAAUGUUCCCGAAGGGCACGAAGCGCAAGUUUUCUGACUCCGGGGAUGAACCUGCGGUGGGCGGUGAGGAUAUGAACCAGCCGAGUUUGGUGGCCGUGAGGAUGCUGUCAUCCUACAGCCUGCAGCGGCAGGCCCUGCUGGACAUGUCCCUGAUCAAGCUGCAGCUGUGCCACAUGCUGGUGGAGCCCAACCUGUGCCGUUCGGUGCUGAUUGCCAACACGGUGAGGCAGAUCCAGGAGGAGAUGACCCAGGACGGCACCUGGCAGAUCAUGACCCAGGCCCUGAGUGCUGCCAACGCUGCUGCCCAGUGCUCUGCAGACCGCCUGGUGGCCACCGAGGUGCUGUGUCGGCAGACCGAGGCAGCCCAGGGCGAGCAGGUCCCCAAGCCCUUCCCAGCAGUGGGGUCAGAGGGUUGCCCUGCAGAGGAGGAGGAGGUGGUGGUGGAGGAGGAGGAGGAGGGUGAGGGGGGGGUGACCAUGUCCACGGUUUCCUCUCAAGCCCCAACCACCUACCUGCCAGGCACCUUCGGCAUGGACCCCUGCUGGGAAGAGGAGACGGAAGAAGAUGAGGACAGUGAGGAGUGUGGGUCUGGAUCGGAGGAGGGAGACAGUGACAGGCUUGUGGAGGACUCCAGGACAGCAGAGCAGGUCUUUGGCACGUUCGAGAUCAAAAACCCUGCCCCCAGCCCCGACCCUGCCCUGGAGGAACUGUUUUCAGACGUGGAUGCGUCCUACUACGACCUUGACACGGUGCUGACAGGCAUACAGAGCGUUCCUAAGAUGGGGCCCUACGACCUCCUGGAGAGCCUGUCCUCCCAUGGGCCCUCUCCCCUCAGUUCCAGCACCAGCUGCCGAUCAGACCUCAAUGAACUGGACCACAUCAUGGAGAUCAUAGUGGGCUCCUGAGAAACAACACAUUCCCAUUCAUACUAACUUGGAAGACUCUUUACAGACAAUGCACAUGGUGCGUACAUGAAUAUAGUGUUAUUAUUAUACAUUCAGAUGUUGAGGGUUUAUUAAAUCAAUAACUUAUUCAGUGUUACCACAUGCAGGUGUGCAUCUGUAAGUGAGCAGAGAUUACAACAUAUACCAUUAUGAUUUUUCUUAUUUACGUACUUUUCUAUGUUUCCUGUUAUCAUACAAUCUAUUUUUCCAGUUUUGUUUUAAUUUAUUGUUAUGUAUGGACUGAAGAACAAUGUCAUUACACUACACAAGAAUUGAGACCGGAACAUCCAAACCUUUGAAGCAAUGGACAUUUUCCUAAAGACUAAAACAAAUAUUAGUGAAAUAGAGGUAUAUGUAUAUUGAAAUAUAUUUUUUGCAACAUACAGUUUGGGAAAUGUACCAAUAUGACUUCAUAUAAUCCCC